AUGCCAAAUGAGAAUUCUUCCCGCGUUAUAUUCCUCAUUGACACUCGUGAUCCCUUGAUCGAUGCUUCGAAAAUCAAACAGAUCGCCUUGCAGAUCCUCUUGUACUUUUACGAUUGUGUAGACAAGGAAGUGACAUGGGGAUACCGUUUCUUCAAUUCCGAAUCUGCAGCUGUUGACGCUGCAAAAUAUCCUCUUUAUUCAUUCACGCCAGAACACAUCAAUGCCUUUAAAGCAAAGUGUUCUCAGAGACUACGCCAAGAUUCCAAAUCCCCAGUUUCUUCCACUUCCACUUCUUCUUUUCCUUUUUCCUCAUUUUCUGCUGCCGCUAGUGCUAAUAGUAGUGUCUUUUCUUUUAUGACCAACACAAAUAUGAAUAUGAAUACGAAUAUGAAUACGAAUUCUAGUAGCAUUAAUUUUGUUGGCAACAAACGUCAAACCACAUCAUACUCUGUUCUCAAAGAAACGAUGAUGCAAAUCCUGGCAGAGUUUCAGUGGGCCGGCACUGACUCGUACCUGUCAACGAUCAAGAGCCGCCAAAAGUCAAAAGCGGUCUGCUUCCGGUCCAAUAAACCUGGGCAGGAGGGAGUUAAUAUCAAAAACCACGUGUACAUGAUCACCAAUUGUCCAGAUACCUAUGACAGCAUGCUUCGGUAUGUUGGAUACACCAACCUUGAAGACCCAGACGCCACAGACGAUCAAAAGAUAGAACAUCUAGCACGGUCGAUUCAUUUUAUGGCCCAGGAUGUACAAAAGUCUCUGUUACAGACGUACAUCAAACGGCAGAUAUCUUUCAACUGGAUUAACACUUUAGAAAAGCCAAAUGAAACAGAACAGAAUAAAAGCUUUCAAAAGCUUAUUUCUCAUGGCCUAAGCAAAUUUCUUAGUCUGUUUGGCGGACACAUGAUUCCUUAUUACCUUCCACUCGUAAAUCAUACCAAAUACGGCUGUUCGUUUACCACCAUAUUCUCUUCUUAUUGCUCGUCUGAAAUCGAUACUGUUGUCAACAAGAACAGCGAGACCAUGAUCACAAACCCGGCCCAUUCGGUCGAAGCAUACCUAACCCACAUCAAAAUAGAACAUCAAAAGGCCAACACAUCCUUUUGGGAGGGUGAGUUUUAUCUUGGCCAUGAUGCAUACUUUUUGUCCGAGAGGCAAGGAGCACGUAAGGAGUAUCAAGUAAGGCUGAAACCUUUCUUUCGUACGACUCGAGAACUGCCCUUGGAAGAACGCAACUUCUCUACGUCUAUCAACGAUCUAUUUUCUCGAGUCAAUGUGUUCCAUACCGUUGCCCUGAUCCACAAUACCGAAGUUCGGGCAGAGUGGUUUGAGAACGACGAGUCCGAGUCCGAGUCCAAGUCCAAGUCCAAGUCCAAGUCCAAUCCAGAUUCCGAGUCCGAUUCCGGCGGCCUUAGUCCGGGCCAUAGUCCAGCCAAACGGGUUGAGUUUGUCAUGACAUCCAAAGAGCCUGUUCCGGAAACCUUUAUGGACCUCAUUGAUUCUCUGAUCGCUUCUCACCAGGUGAUCCUUGUUGACCUGCAGGCCCGGCGUGCGUCCCGGAGCACCGGCCCACACCCUCACUCGCAGGCUCUUCUGCAGCCCCUGACGUCCGGGUUUAUGAACGUGAUUCUGUUGACAAAGCCGGUCGGAGCCGACGAGCUCCAGAGCCUCGAGUCCGGCGCACGGUUUCCCAAAACCCACCCGCCCGAGACAACUCAACUGGACAUCCCGGCCCUACUAGAGACCGCGCCGUAUUCCAUCAGAGUCGUCAAUCACUACAGGCGGUCCAAAGCACCUUUGGUGCCGAUCGUCUUGAAUGAAUCACCAAAUGUGCUGGAGCUUCUCAAGGCACACAAAGAAAAGAAAAAGGCAGAAGAAGAAGCAAGAUCACAACAAAAAGUAAAAUCAAAACCAACAAAUACAAACAAGAAAACGGUUGAUACUCCAAUUGCUAGUCUUCCAAGAGACGAAGAUGAAUUUAUAAUCACAGUCAAGAAACUAUACCUAGAAGCUCUUUACACCGGAAAGUGGACUCACCUUGGAAUGAUGAAGAAUCUGGCUUCUUGUGUCAGUUCUGCUAGAAACUAUUGUACUUUGGACAUAAUUACUUUACUUAGUAUAUGGACCAAGAGUUGGAUAGAUGUAGAUAAUCAUCAUCGAGAAAUCGAGGACCAAUUGAAUGAUGUUCAAGACUGUGUUGAUUUGGAAGAAUCUCGGUACAUAAGCGUAUGGGAAGAAGAACAAUUGAUGAAUGCCAAUAGUUCUAGAAGAGAAGUUUUGUUAAAGCUGUUGAAAAUGAGAGAAACAAAAUUACAAAUCACUCUUUACCUUACAAUUCUAUCCUUAAAAAAAGAAAUGCGAUCAAAUGAACAUGGCAAGAGACAAAAGAGACAUAAUGAAGAUGACGACGGUAUCACGAACUGGAAACCGAUGGAUCGGUACAGCACACUUCCGGAAGAACUUGUAGAUAUAUUCCUGGACAGAAUCCAAAUCUGGGAAGUGGCUUCGUCUAUCCGCGACGAACUUGUAGAAAUAAAUGCAGAAAGAGAAGGGUCAAAGACACAGAGUCCUAUUGAUUCAGCAGAUAUCUCAUUGCGAACAUUUGUAAAGAACGUAGCGAAAUGCUUUUCGGACGCACUUCCUGAUGUUGUGAGAUCGUACCGAGAAAAGAUUGAUGAUGAUGAUGAUCACGAAAGCUCACAGACAUCAGACACAAAAUCAUCAAAAUCAUCAUGGUCAUAUUCGAAUCCUAAAAAGAUGAGAAAGACUUCAAGUAUGAGCAAACCUUCUCGGACAAGAAGCUCUAAUUCAGUCACUUCAUCAUCGUCUACCGCAACUGCUGGCGCAACCGCAUCUACUUCUUCAUCCAUAUCCACCUUAACUUCGACAUCCACAUCCACAAACACAACCUCAACCAAUCGUGCGACUCGUGUACCGGACCUGUCAUUCAUGAGGCGUGAGGUUGAUCUUGUACAAAAGCCACGAAAGGAAGUUGUGCGGCGUCCUGGUGAGGCAUCAAGAGUAAUUGAUGCAAAGGUUGAACGGUCAAAGGUAGAUGGGAAACCGACGAUCAAGAGAGUCGGAAGUUUCACAACCAGUGCAAGAUCAACCAAACCUACAGCUCCUGAUGAUCUCACCCAGUAUAGUCAAAAGGUUCAGUUGCGACGUCCUCUAUCACCAACAACUCCUAUAACACGCAUGAGUCGCCAGUUUGGCUUUGAUUUUAAUAUUGGAGAUGAAUAA